AUGGCACCACCAUCAGCAAUAACUUCUACCCCUCCUCCCGCCUCAAAUGGCAAACUCUCUGCAGAGACGAAUGCCCCCUCCAAUCUCGCCAGCAAUACCACGAUACCUGCCUGGGUCCAACCCGACCUCAACCGUCUCCUCCGCGUAGAACACAACCCAGGCUCGUUUGCCAGCCGCUCCGUCUCCCUCGUCUCCCUCCCCGCCGGCGCAAUCUUCGCACGCAUCAGCUCUCCCACACCAGCCACCGUCGCAUACAGCUCCGUACAAGCUGGCCGCGACCUCCACAUUGAGCUCAACUGCGACCUCGUCUACAUCAACCACUCCUGCGAUCCCACCCUCAUCUUCGACAUGGAGAGAUGGGAAGUCCGCGUUAACCCAGACCGCGAGGAGGGACUCAAGGCAGGCGACGAGUUGACCUUUUUCUACCCAAGUACCGAGUGGGACAUGGCGCAGCCGUUUGAUUGCCUGUGCAAGAGCAAGGGAUGUAGGGGGCGCAUCAGCGGCGCAAAGGAUAUGAAACUGGGCGUGUUGGAUGCGUACUGGUUAAACAAGCAUGUCGAGGAUCUGCUGGCUGAAAAGAACAAGAUUGGGAAAUCAUAG